UACAAAACUGCCAAAAAUUUCUUCAUCGUCUUUGUUGCUAAAAAGAAAUAUACAAAAAUGCAUGGUCGCCUUAAAGUACGCACAUCAGCCGAAGAGGCUGCUCGCAAAAAAAAAGAACAAGAACUCAAAGUCAAAGCAUAUCGAGCUGGAAUGGCAAAAAUUCAAUCAAAACGUUCUAACAAUGAAUUGGAUGAGGAAAUGUUAAUAAUUUGUGGUCAAAUAUUGGCAAGGAAUCCUGAUGUAUAUACAUUGUGGAAUAUUCGCAAGGAAUGUAUUCUAAAACUCAGUGAAAACUUAGAUGAAGAAGCUAAGCAAAUUGUAUUCGAUAAAGAUCUUAGCUUUGCCGAACAAUGCCUUCUUGCCAAUCCAAAGUCAUAUGGCGCAUGGCACCAUCGUUGUUGGAUUCUUGAAAACUGCCCCAAACCAAAUAUGGAUCGAGAAGUUGCUCUAUGCAAUAAGUACUUGAAAUUAGAUGAAAGAAAUUUUCAUACCUGGGAUUAUCGUCGGUUUGUUGUGAACAAAGCUGGUAUUGAACCUGCCAAAGAGCUGGACUUUUGCACAGAAAAGAUUCGCAAUAAUUUUUCAAAUUAUUCAUCGUGGCAUUAUCGUAGCAAUCUUUUACCAAUUGUUUAUCCACACGAGACUGACUCGCGGAGACCGAUUUCGGAAGAAAAGCUAAAACAUGAACUGGAGAUGGUAUUGACGGCUGCAUUUACCGAUCCAAAUGAUAGCAGUGCGUGGUUUUAUCAACGGUGGCUUUUAGGUUAUUCCCGUCCUGAAUUGGACAUUGCUGCAUUCCGCAUUAACAAGAACCAAGCUGUGAUUGCUUUUACCAAACCCAUCACAUCCAGUGAUUUUCAAUUUGACAUAAAUCCGAAUCUUCAAGUGUCUAUAGAAUGGAAAUCAGCAAAUGGAGCUUUAGCUGAUAGCACUUGGUUUGCUGAGGGUGACUUUUCCAUCCCAGCAGAGAACAACAUGUCUAUAAAAUGCAAUUUGGAAAACAAAGAAUGCUCAUUGCAAUUAAAUCGCUGCAUCGAUGGAUUCUUUGCUAUUAAAUGUCCCAGAUUUGAGUAUGAAUUUGGUGCAGCAAUAAUUGAUGAAUUGAAAAAUCAACUUGAAUCAUGCAAACAAUUAUUGGAUCUUGAACCUGACAGCAAAUGGACCCUUUUGACCACUGCACUUCUUAUGAGAGCCAUUGACCGUAGCAAAUAUCAUGAAAAGUCAAUAGAAUAUUUAGGAAAAUUACAAACCAUCGAUAGUAUGCGUAAGGGAUACUACGAAGAUCUAGCAUCCAAAUGGAAUACCGAGAAGUGUCUUGAAGAAUGGCAAAAUUCGACAAAGAUUCCUCAAGAGAUUAGUUUGAAAAGUUUAAAACUAACAUCAAUUUAUUAUGACCAAUAUUUGAGCAUAGCUGAUGUCAUUGAUUUGAGUGGAAAUUGCCUUUCAAAUCGUUCCAUUCCAAAACUUGGUUCUUUUCGAUUUGCUAAGAAAAUUUGUCUGGAUGACAACAAAUUGUCUUCGAUUGAAAACAUUCCUUCACUAAAGUAUUUGACUGAAUUAUCAUUAAAAAAUAACAACGAUUUGAUAGAAAAGGACACCCUAAAAGCGAUAUGUGGGAACGAUUUUAAGAUAAAUAUUUAAAUAUAGAUAAAAGAAGGUUUCAAUUACAUAAUGCAUAAACAUUUAAUCAGGCACCUUUUGUAUUUAUUUUAUUUAAACACAAAAAUUGUAUGUGGCUUUAGUAAGUAACAAAAUGGGUUUUGACCUUUUUUUUCACAA